AUGGCCGAUAAGGUCAUUCUUACUGAAGUACUUGAGGCUUCGAACCUUACCGACACUUAUGCGGAAAUCACUGCGCAGACGCUGAUAAAUGAGCUCCGCCAUGUCCGCGAGGAUCUCUCUGUACGAUAUCUUGGCUUGGAUGACCGAGCUGAGCUCGGUGAGCCAGCUGAUCAGCAUGCUUUUGAGGAGACUUUGGCGAAGGAGAGCGGGACCUUCACCGUUGAUGACGCCGUUGAAGCACUCGGGUUUGGGCGAUUUCAGCUGAAGCUGAGUCUUCUGACUGGCAUCGCUUGGAUGGCCGAUGCUAUGGAAAUGAUGCUACUCUCAUUACUUUCACCAGCACUUGCUUGUGAAUGGAAUGUGGCCCCUUUCCAACAGGCGCUGGUAACCACUUGUGUUUUUAGUGGAAUGAUGCUCAGUAGCACGUUUUGGGGCAAAAUAUGCGACAGAUUCGGUCGACGGGUGGGUUUGGUCGCCUCAACGUUGGUGGCUUCUUUGAUGGGUGCCUUGAGCGCAUUUUCACCACAUUUCUACGUGUUUCUGUUUUUCCGAGGUCUUACCGGAUUUGGAAUCGGUGGCGUGCCACAAUCCGUUACUCUUUACGCCGAAUUCCUUCCGAAUCAACAAAGAGCCAAAUGUGUGGUCUUGAUAGAAUCUUUCUGGGCCAUUGGAGCAGCUUUCGAAGCCCUGCUAGCCUACUUGGUGAUGGCUUCAUGGGGAUGGAGGGCUCUUGUGGUCCUAUCAUCACUGCCUUUGGGCAUGUUUGGACUUCUUUCAUUUUGGCUUCCUGAGUCAGCACGCUUCGAAAUGGCCUGUGGUCGACCAGAAAAAGCACUGGCAACGUUGCAAAGGGCGGCGAAAGAGAAUCGAGCCAAACUACCGGAUGGAAGACUUGUCGCACCCAUUUCUCAAUCUACUGAACAACGUGGAGACAUCUCAAAUCUUCUCUCCCGUGACUACCGUACCACCACUUUGCUUUUAUGGCUUAUUUGGGCAGUGAAUGCGUUUUCCUACUACGGCAUGGUAUUAUUCACCACCGUACUCUUCCAAUCCCACGACGAAUGCCAUGGCGGAUUGUUCUCGAACGGGACGCAGCUGGAAGUCUGCCAGCCAUUGACCCGAAAAGAUUACUUUGAUCUAUUAUCUACUACCAUGGCCGAGUUUCCAGGUCUGAUCAUUACUGUACUUAUCAUUGAAUACUUGGGUAGAAAGAAAGCGAUGGCAUUAGAAUUCGCCGUCUUCUCUUUGUUCACUUAUGCGUUGUAUUUUUGCUUGGACAGGUUUACCGUAACAGCAUUAAUAUUCGUCGCUCGAGCCUUCAUAUCCGGCGCUUUCCAGUGUGCAUAUGUUUACACGCCAGAGGUCUAUCCAACAACAUUGCGAGCAGUCGGUCUUGGAGCGUCAUCAGCUAUGGCACGAAUCGGCGCCAUCGUGACACCUUUUGUGGCGCAGGUGGCAUCGGGAACAUCGCUGUCGCUUCCCAUCGGAAUAUAUGGUACUACAUCACUGUUGGGAUUGAUUGCAUCCUUGGCGCUUCCCAUAGAAACACGAGGAAGGAAGAUGCAGGAUACGCAUUAACCUUCUACUGUUCGCCGUUUUUUUUCGAAACAGACACCCUUGCUACAUCAGGAUAUGAUGGUCUCCAUUUGCUGCAUAUUCCUAUGCGUGCCAGUGUAAUCUUAGUUCUCGCAUUCUGAUCCAAACUGACCUUUUCAUAAUCUCGGAAAUCAUCUACAAAUUGUGAUUAUUCACAUACGUGUCU